AGUUCCGAGCCUUGCAGUUACGAGGAGCUAGCCGCGGCAAGCGGAGCGCACAAAUCCAUCCGACUCCAAAACUCGGAACCCACAACUCAGAACCCAGAACCCAGCCCAUUCGUAAUCGUAAUCGUACUAGCCAUCGUAAGAAAAGCGUAGAUAACGGAGGCGCUACAAUGCUGAAUACCUUCAGUUCGGUGAGGCAGUACCUCAAGUUCGAUCUCACGCGGGUGGUCAUCGAUAACAUCGUGUUCAAGCUGCACUAUCGAUGGACCUUCGUGAUGCUCCUGGUGGCCACCCUGCUGAUCACGUCGCGUCAGUAUAUCGGGGAGCACAUCCAGUGUCUGUCCGAUGCCGUCAUUGCGCCGGUCAUCAACACCUUCUGCUUCUUCACGCCCACCUUCACAGUGGUACGUGAUCAGAACCACACCGCCUACAAGCCGGGCAGUGAACCUCCCGGGAUCGGACACUAUGAUCCCGAGAAGGACCAGAUCAAGCGGCACGCCUACUACCAGUGGGUGCCCUUCGUCCUGUUCUUCCAGGCCCUCUGCUUCUACGUGCCGCACUUUCUGUGGAAGAAGUGGGAGGGCGGUAGGAUCAAGGCCCUGGUCUUCGGCCUUCGGAUGGUGGGUCUGACGCGGUAUCUGAAGAACGACAGUCUGCGGAUCGGCAAGCUGAACAUUCCCUCGAUGGCGGAGGCGGAGGAACGGAUCAAGGACAUUCGCCGCACGAUGAUAGACAGGAUGCGAUUGAAUCAGUCGUGGGGUGCCCACUUGGUCUUCGCCGAGGUCCUGAAUCUAGUGAACCUCCUGGUGCAGAUCACGUGGACAAAUCGCUUUUUGGGCGGACAGUUCCUCAAUCUGGGUCCACAGGCCCUCAAGAAUCGGUGGUCCGACGAGCUGAGCAUCCUGGACACCGUCUUCCCGAAGGUCACCAAGUGCAAGUUCCACAAAUUUGGUGACUCGGGCUCCAUACAGGUGCACGACACCCUCUGUGUGAUGGCUCUGAACAUCAUGAACGAGAAGAUCUACACGAUCCUGUGGUUCUGGUACUCCUUCCUGUUGGUUGUCACAGUACUGGGACUGAUUUGGCGAAUGUUCACCCUGUGCUUCUACAGGAAUGUCACCUUCACCCGCUGGUCUCUCUACUGGGCAAAACCUGGUCAACUGGAUGAAAACGAACUGUCCGCGGUGAUUGAUAAGUGCAACUUCUCCAACUGGAUGUUCCUCUUCUUCCUGCGCUCCAACCUCUCGGAGUUCCUCUUCAAGAAGGUCAUCUACCAUCUGGCCAGCGAGUUCCCCAAUCCCGAUCACGAUAACGAUAUCAAUGCCUAUCGAGAGGCACCGCCCACGCCCUCAAAGUCCCGUUAUCCGGACAUCAGCAAUCUGGAUACGGUGGACUCGCCCCUCCUACACCUACGACAUCCUGCCACGCCCCCAGCGGGCGGAGCAACUGCCCCAAUUGGGGGACCGACUUCGACUUCGGAGAUAUCCAAGCUACCUGUAUAAUUUAUGCAUUUCAAUUAACACGCUAGGCAAUUAAUUAUUUGAGCUUUGUCUUCUUUACACCUGUUUUUUUUUUUUUUAUACGAUCAUUUCAUUUUAAAUAUAUUUAUUUUUAAGAGA